GAUGAGUUUGUGCGGGAACCCAACAGGUCUGACAUACUGAAAGAAGUACAGGUAAUAUAUCAUAAGGAUUAAAAUGUGAUUCAACAAAGUAAUACAGCUAUAUUUAAACAGGUUGUAUUCCACGUAAUGGCUGCGGUUCGCUUUGACCUAGGAUUUCAAACCAUCCUGGACACUAACGUCACGGUGCCGGAACGAUUGUACAGCUUUCUUCGGGACGCACCCCAUCUGCAAGCGAUCGUACACGUCUCCACGUUCUACUCCAACUGCGAUCGAUUACACAUCGAAGAGUGCGUCUACGACGACAUCCGUUUCGGUGGGUGGGAAAACAUUCGACAAAUAAUAAACCCCCUAACGGAGUCCGAAAGGGCGAAACUGAUGCCGGCAAUCAUAUCGCCACUACCCAACAAUUAUGUGUUUAGCAAAAAGUGUGCCGAGGUAAUGAUUCAGCAAAAGUUCGGCGAUCUACCGGUCGGGAUCUUCCGACCACCGAUUGUGACACCCAGCUACGCUGAGCCUGUGCCCGGCUGGGUAGAUUGCAUACAGGGUGUGACGGGACUGAGUAUUCCGACACUGAAGGAGCGGCUCCUUUGGUAUUACGGAGAUCCUACCGCCUGUCCAGCAUUAACUCCGGUGGAUUACUGUAUCGCCGGUAUGAUCACUGCGGCGUGCGACAUUAAAGCACGGCACGAGCAGAACCGUGUGCGGGAAUCAUUCGAUCGGCACGCUUCUACUCCACCGGUGUACAACUUUUACUUUGACCAAAAUCUACACUCAUGGCAACAGUUCGUGGCUUUGGUGGGAGCUGAGCUGCCAACUGUCAUGGGUCGCAAGCUGUGCAAUAUUCGAACACGUAUUACACGCUGGAAAAUCCUGUCUAGGAUCACCUUCUGGUGGAUGUUUUUCGUAGCAUACCUCGGAGAUAUGGUGCUGUCAAUUUUUGGAAAGCCAAAAUGCAAUGUAAGUCUUGUGUCAGGACUAAGAACUCUGGCCGAUGCUGUGGAACACUUCCGUUGCCACACCUGGACGGCGCGCAAUGAUAAUGUGAAGCGGAUGCACACAUUGCUAUCCAAAGCCGAUAAGUCAUUGCUAGAGUUUGACGUUGAUCAUAUGGAUUGGAAAGAAUACUUUAAGCAUUACGCAAAAGGACUGUCAAUCGAGCUGGAGCGACGGGAGCUAAGAAGACGUCAGAAAAAGAAGCUAGAUUGUUAAAGCUGCGUGGCCUCUUGACUGUAGAGAGACUCAAAAGAUUAAAGACGUAU